ACUUGGCUUUUUUUUUUUUUCCUUCUUGGAAAGAAUCUCUGCGCUCCGAAGAUGGGGAUCUCCUCGCUGGAGAACUGCCCGGGUGUCCUGUGGUGGGGAGACCAGCGCUGAGUGCCAGGUUUGGAUGUGGUGCUUGUGCUUUCAGGACAGCAGCGAUGAAGCACUGUUUUUACAAUGAGACUGUGGGGUUCUUCUACAACAACAGCCGCAAAGAACUGACCACGUACUGGAGGACGAAGGAUGUGCUGGUGGUUGCCCUGGGCCUGACUGUGAGCGUCAUCGUGCUCCUGACUAACCUGCUGGUCAUCACCGCUAUCAUCAUCAACCGCCGCUUCCACUACCCCAUCUACUACCUGCUGGGGAACCUGGCAGCUGCCGACCUCUUCGCUGGCAUCGCGUACAUGUUUCUCAUGUUCCACACGGGGCCCAGGACAGCAGAGCUCUCCCUGAAGACCUGGUUCAUCCGUCAGAGUCUGCUGGACACCAGCUUGACAGCCUCUGUGGUGAACCUGCUGGCAAUCGCUGUAGAAAGGCACCAGACUGUGUUCACCAUGCAGUUACACAGCAAAAUGUCCAACCAGCGGGUGAUGAUCCUCAUCUUCUGUAUUUGGGUCACGGCCCUGCUCCUGGGGCUCAUCCCGUCCUACGGCUGGCACUGCCUCUGUGCCCUGGAGAAGUGCUCCAGCAUGGCACCGCUCUACAGCAGGAGCUACCUGACCUUCUGGGCCAUCUCCAACCUGGUCAUCUUCCUCAUCAUGGUGGUCGUCUACACGCACAUCUUCAUCUACGUCAAAAGGAAGAUGACACGGAUGUCCAAGCACACCAGCUUCCACCCCCGCUACAAGGAGACCAUGAUCAGCCUUGUCAAGACGGUCACUAUUAUCCUGAGUGCUUUUGUUAUCUGCUGGACUCCAGGACAAGUCGUGCUCCUCCUGGAUGGCUUGGGCUGCAAGAGCUGCAACGUUCUAGCGGUGGAGAAAUACGUCCUUUUGCUGGCAGAGAUCAAUUCGUUGAUAAACGCUAUUGUCUACUCUUACAGGGACAACGAGAUGCGUAGCACCUUCCGGAGGAUCCUCUGCUUUGUCUGUUACAGGAAUUCUAAAUACACCCCCACGGUGGUGAAGUUGAACACCACAGACCGCAGGACACUUUCUCAGAACGGGCACUUUACCGUGGAUUCCUCCAUUUAGCUCUCGAUCGGUGAGACCAGCACGGCGCUGAGCAGCGCCUGCUUGGGGGGAAGAGCAGAGGCCAGGAGCGACCUGCUUCUAAAGCAGUACAGACUAUAUUUUUUUUUUUUUUUACGUGCUCAAGCAUCAAUAUUUCUCUAGAAUACCCGUCGUGGAUGAAGGACAAGAUGCUUUUAAGGAACUGCUGGACGGCGCGUUGUUUAGGCCGGACGUACUUUUUGAGUCGCGUUGUUAUUAAAGACUGCUAUUUCUAACGCAAAGUUGAUUUGAUUUGGCAGCAUCUAGGAGGAUGCGAUGUGCAACGGGCAUCUCACGUGAUCUCUCGACGAGCAAAGUAUUUUCUCGGUACUUCAGUAUUACUGCCUUCAGAACUAGUCGUUGCAGCGGUAGCGUACUCCAAAGAGCUCUUCGGCUUUUACGCGUUGCUUCCUAAACAGAGCUGCUUAGUGCUUCCCCAGAGAGCCUUAACCCAGUCGUGUCCCACGUGCUUCGGAAGGAAUAUUCUUCUUAAAGCCUCUUCCGAGAGGAAUCUGUUUGAAUUGCUUUCUGAGGAGCAGAUUCCUGCUUUCUGAAGUGUCUGUUGUUGAGUUUUAAAGUAUUCCGGGCUUUUGGAGGAUGCUUUAGGAGCACCUAAUUCUUUCCUAAAAGGGAGAGUGGUGCUGUAACAGUUGUGUUUGCGUUCUGCUAAGCGAUACCACGUGGGUUUAUUCACAAGCUCAUUGCCUAUUCAUAAACCAUCCCUCCACUCGCUGAAAGCCCUUGGGGACAGGUUUAGGUUAGAUUCCAAGGCGAUCAGUAUUUUUGCCUUGGGUUUUAAUGUGCAGUUUUGUACCUUUGCCCAAAUAACGUGUUAACCGUCUGGUUUGAAUGUAGUCUCGCUCUCAGCAAAGCACCAUUAACAAAUUAGCAGUAUUAAUUGAUGUUAGUGCACGUAGGAGCUAGUUUUCAGAGUAAGUCCACUUGCUGCAUCUGACACGGUAUUAACUGUCACCCUGGAUUGGGAGGCCAUGGCUGGAGGGCAGAGGCUCUGCUGGUCGGAAGAAUAUUCCCAGCUGAGAAACUGGAAAUACUUCAGAUUUCCUUCUCCUUCGCGCUGCUAAAUUUUAACAGUGUGAACAUGCCUGCGACAGUCUGAAAUCCAGAGUGUGAGUUGUUUAUCUUGGGCAUCUGUGAGAGCAGGGAGAGGCCAGCAGAAGGCAGGUCUUGGAAUAUUGUCUAAAUUUUUAAUUUCGGAGGUUUUUAUUAAAGGGCGCUGUUCUGUCCGAUGAUCAGCUGCUUGGCUGAUCCCUUCAGCGGGCUCUGCAGAGGAGACAACGUGCUGGAGGCAUUGUAACUCAAAUCCGCGUGGAUGGACUUUUUCUGGAAGAAAUGGUCAGGAAGUGAGUGUUAAGGUGACAGUCUCCUAACGCAGCCUUGGAGUAUGGUUCCUGUCUCUGUGUCCCAGAGACUUUUUGAAUAAA